GUCACCGAUAGUGCUGCUGGAAGUCUAGAGGCCGUUGUGCUCGUUGUAAAACGUGAAAAUUUAGAUCGAAUCCGGGAGUAAAAUGUACAAAUACUUGGCGAUCGUUGCGCUGGUGCUGGCGUGUAAUGCCGGGAGCACAUCGGCCUACUUUUGCUUUAACUGCACCACGGAAACCAAUCCGAACUGUUUGAAUCCGGACACAAACAAUCUGAUGCUAGAAUGUCCCCCGUCGCCCCUGACGUCCUGUUUUGUGCGCGUUGUCGGACAACACGUGGAGCGUGGAUGUGUCGCUGCGUUGGCACCGACGGAUGUGGACAACUGUAACGAGGUGAACAACUGCAGGGUGUGUACGAACGAUAUCAAUGUUGCCCCGGUCUGCAACGGUAAUCUGUUCCCGCACGGGCGCCUCACUUGCCACCUGUGCGAAGGAUCGACCAACCGCUCGGAAUGUUCGGAGGAAAUCGCGACCGCGCCCCGGCCCUGUCUACUGUUCCAGCAGGAUGAUCAGUGCUUCGUCCAGGUCGAAAGUGAAACGGUCACCCGUGGGUGUACCUCGGCUAAUCCGGGGUGCAGCACGAACCGUAACUGCCACACGUGCUCCGGGAAUGGGUGCAACUUUAGGCACUUUGAGCACAGUGCCGCCGGUAGUCUGAUGUCGAUCGGUUGGGUUAAGCUGGUGGUCGGUGCCAUCACCGCGGUCAGUGUCGCCAUCGGCCAUCGGUUGUAGGAGGUGCACAGGACCUCUGCCUCCUCGUGUACGUGUAGUUUGUAAUGCAUUUUAGAGCAACCAUGCCAUGUUGGAAAAAAUGAAACGAAUUCAAUAAAGGGUCAGUCUCACGCGGAGAAUCCA